GCUGACAGCCUGGUGCGGAACCUCUGCGCCCUGGGACGAUUCGAAGAGGCUCUGCGCUGCAAGGACGCAGUGGCCAAGGACGACUUCGAGGGGGCCAUCCAGAUCCGCACGGAGAUCAAGGAGCUGAGCAACGCCCUGGAGCCCGACGCAGUGCAAGAGGCGUGGAGACGUCUGGUGGAGACUGGCGAUGGCGACAAGAGCCUAGAGCGGGCAGCAGAGCAGCUGCAAGAGAGGUGUCAAUGGAUGGGCGAUUCCGUCAGCAGUGCGGCUUUGGAAGUUGCAGUGAGCAACUUCAGGUCCGCUUGUCCCGAGCCCCGCCCCAACUGUCUCCAUGUGCUGCCAAGCCUGGUGAGGCAGCAGCGCCGAGCAAGGCAGAUGUGCCGAGCGAUUGAGGCUUUGACCUCGCAGAACGUUCUCGAUUUUUUGCAGGCAACGCUGGUGAGCAUCAAAGCAUUGCGCGACCUUCUGGUGGAGUGCUCCACAACGAUGUCGCAACCUGCGGAUCGAGAUUGGUCAGAGGAGGAGCGUGAGUGCGUUCAAGAGAGUGAGGAGAUGCCGGAGUUUCUUCUGGGGUUGUCGUCUCUUCGACGACUGCUGUGGCGACUGGGUCUUGCAGCCGAGCUGUUUAUGUCAGAGAGCGAAGGGCCAGCAGACAGCCCAGAUGCCAAGGCACUACAGGAGUUGCAAUCCGACAUGGCUUCCAGCCUGGCCUCCGCCAAGGCAUCCUGGGCAAAGCUCGAAUCUGAUGUGCUCGGCUUGCGCCUGAAAUUGGAGCCCUGGCAGGAGGCCACGUGCUUUGAGGCCGGCGGAUCGACCGCGGAGAGCAACAUGGAUCUGCUCCGGACGGCCCCACUUUGCCC